ACAUGGCCUACUUAUACUGGUCGCACAUCACAUGGUGCUCUGCCUCUGUUUUCUAGGGUGUUGGAUAAGAGCUUAUCAUGUCAGGCAGUGCUGAGAUGAUCAUCAACCUGGCCCUCUUUGGUGGGACACAAAGUGGGAAGAGCUCUGCUGGCAACAGCUUGUUGGGGAGCAUGGACUUCCCCAGCUGUUUGGCUCCAUAUUCUGUGACCAAGGAUUGUAGCCUGGGCAGAAGCUGCCAAAUCCCCCACUUCAUGAGGCGCGGUGGAAAAGAAAUGACUCUGAAGAUCCAAGUAUUAGACACACCAGGCUAUCCCCACAGCAGCCUGAGCCAGGAACUGGUGAAACAGGAAGUGAAGCAGGCCCUAGCCAGGCAUUUUGGACAAGAUGGUCUCCACCUUGCACUACUGGUCCUGAGAGCCGAUGUGCCUCUCUGUGAAGCGGGAGAAUGUUCUUCCAUCCAGCUGAUGCAGGAACUUCUUGGUCCUGCCUGGAAGAAUUUUACUGCCAUUCUUUUCACUCAUGCAGAAAAACUAGAAGAAGCUCAACUCAGUGAGGAAGAAUACUUACACACUGCUUCUCAUUCACUAUUAACUCUACUAAACUCUGUUCAACAUAGAUAUAUUUUUCAAUACAAUAAAAAAAUUCCACUUAAAGAACAAAGAAUAGUGACAUUAAAAAGAAUCGUGGAAUAUGUGAAAGAAAACAGUUACCAAGCACUUUAUUUUAAAUAA